CGACCAAUAACUGUUACAGUGCCGUUCAGUCGCGUCCCUCGGUUCCACCGGUUGAUAAACUGCCCGGGCGCACUGGCUUUCCCCCCUUUUUUUUUCUCUCUUCCGUUUCUCUCGUCACCACCUACGGACGGCUACGGGGACUCAUCACCACCGGCCGGCCCGCCACUGCUCUUCGGAAAAUCGUAGGAGCCUGUCGCACGUCGCACCGCCACAUACAGCCACAGCGCCAGGAAGAUGCCGUGCCUCUCGAACCUCGCGUACCUCCUGACGUUCGUCGCCGUGAUCGCCAUGGCCAAUGUACUCCCCCGCGACCGAAACCGUUACCCGUUCGCGCCUCUCCUGGCGAACGCAUCGUCGCGGCUAAACGCCGAGCAGCUCACCGUGUUGGACAUAUUCAAGUACAGUAUGUUCAAGCGGUCGCCCCCCAAGAAGAAGAAUAAUAAUACGCUCUCGUUGACUUGGAUCAAAACUUUGCGCAAUGAGCCGGAUUACAUGGAGGUCACCGCCGGGAACCGCCUCGAGCUGCGUUGCGAGGCAACUGGAAAUCCGCCGCCCGAGGUCCACUGGCUGUUAGGAAACGACGCGGAGAGGCAGGACGAGCAUUACGCGCAAAUCGGGCCGAGAACUAACGAUGGAUUCACUCAGGUCAUAUCAACGUACGUGAUCGACUGCGUCAAACCUGAGCAUCAGGGUCUCGUAAAAUGCGUGUCCGUGUCUAAUAACGUCGUACGUACGUCGGUGAGGGCGAUCCUAGUCAACGGGACGAGCGAUAAAUGCGACAACGAGAGACCACCCGUAUUCACCCUCUACCAGCCAUACAGAAUAGCGGAACAAAGGACCACGGUGGUUCUUCCGUGCAGGGUCGUGGGUGAACCGAUGCCCUAUCAGUUCUGGUUAGAUGUCCAUGGCAUCACCAUCACUCCCACCACGCACACGAGACACACCGUUCUACCUAAUGGCGAUCUGGAGAUAAAGGAUCUUGAGUGGGAAGACAUGGGUGACUACACUUGCAUGGCGGAAUUGGGAUUCAUGCAGAAGAAUGUGACCACGUUCGUGUAUCCUCUCCUACCUUCCUCCUCCGAAAAAAGAAACAAAGAUUUCGAGUACUUACCGUAAGAAGUCUUAAAAAGAUUCCUGCAUCUCGAAUGCCUUUUGCUGUAAGCGUGCAUAAGUGGCCAAAACCUAUUAGACUUAUCAUUUUUCUAUAAAGAUAGAAUGUAAUUUAGGUAGAAAUAUUAUGUAUUAGCAAAAAAGUACUUAUCCCUUUUUGUUACGUUUACGAUACCAGUGCUACAUGUCCUCGAAAGCUCGAUAGUCGAGCGACAGUUUCGCUUCUCACGUUGGAUCGACGCACAAAAAAAAAAAGAAAGUCUUGUAUUCGCAUCGAAGGAAGUUUGUAAACGAAUUGAAAACAGUUUUAAUAAACGCGACCUAUAUCACAUAUACGCUUUUUUGUAAAACGCUUAUUCCUACCAUUUGUCGCGGAAGCCUUGAAAUGUAGAUUUUCAGCGGGCCGACAUUCUUUGGUUUAUCGACAUCCACAGCUGUGUAUUUUAAACUAUGUAAUUUUAUUGUGUAUGCAAUUCAAUUGUAUUUACAUUUCGUACAAGGUCUAUAAUUUAUAAACUCGCGAUGGAUUUUACAAUAAGAGUUAACUCGUUAAGUAAUGCGAAUUAUAUGUUACUUACCACUCGUGGCUGUCCAGUUAGGCUAACUCCAGAUUAAGAAUUACAUUCGAUCGAUUCGCCAGAA